GCGAGAUUCAAUAUGGCAGCGUCCAUGAAAAGUAGACACGGAGACAACAGCAACAUUUGAACGUUGUUUUCUACAGAACAUACCUGCUGAACACAGAAGAUUGGUGCACUCGAAGAAGAUACUGGUAGUCAAGUGGUAGAGAAUACCUGAGUAACCAGGCUACUACACACACCUUGACAUGUCUUUUAUGAGGUCAUUAAAGUUUAUCCAACAAUGCUAUGUCAAGCAUCCAUUGAUAAGUAAUAUGGCAACUGUAUCUUUUCUUUAUGCCAGCGGUGAUAUCAGUCAACAGACCAUAAAGGGAGUUGACAAGUAUAACUGGGCCAAUACUGGCAGAAUCACCCUGUUGACAGGGAGUUUGUUUGGACCAUUUUAUACAGCGUGGUAUCCGUUUCUGGAGCGUGUCUUUCCUGGACGUUCUGCCCGAGCUGUACUGAAGAAAAUAGCUUGUGAUCAGGGAAUUGCUGGAGGGAUCCUGUUGAUGGUCUUUUAUGUGGGUUUGAGUGUCUUAGAGAGAAAGGAAAAUGUCUUUGAAGAAGCAAAACAGAAGUGGCCUAAAACUUUUCUGACUGGUUGUGUCUUUUGGCCUACGGUGCAGUCAGUGAAUUUUUUCUAUGUACCAACUUACCUAAGGACAGUGUAUGUGGCCUGCUGGUCCUUUCUGUGGACUAAUAUCCUGUGCUACCUCAAGUCGACCCCAGCUGAUGAUUUGAAGGACAAACUGCAUGUUCCUGAAAGUAUAGCAUCCUUGGGAGGCAUGACUGUCAAUAAAGAAAAAGAGCAAUAAGGCUUUAAGUCAGUUUUACAUUAGAAACACAAAGGCAGAAACAUCAGUUCAAAAAAUUAAAAGCAUAAUAGAUAUAUAUAUAUCAACAUAUUGGUAUUACACACAGUAUGUUAAUUUUAGUGCAAACAUACUGCUACUUGUAACUUAUAUUAAGUUUUACAGAAGAGUCUCAGCAGUUCCUUUGGGGACAUUAAUUAAUGACUCGUGUUGCUAAGCAACUUACCUUAUAUUUACAAGAUGACUGCAUUUUUAGGUAUAUUUUUGUCAGCAAAUCAUGAAGUUUUGAUCAUGAUAUGCCAGUAGACUGUUGGCAACUUAUCUAUGAAGGUGCUGCACACACAUUUAUAUUUUUUUGUUAAAGAACAGUAAAACAAAUCAAUUGUUUAUUGUCAAAUAACAGGCCUUACUUGCCACCAAGUGUUAAUGAUAUUAAGGGAGAAAGCAAGUAGAAAAGCACCUGCGGUAUUGUCUUUUGUAUUGAAGAUAUGUUAUAUACACAGAAUAAUUUUUACUUGUUAUUUUUAAGAAUGGGGUAUUUUUAUUUCUAUGCACUAAGAAUUCCAAAGAAUCUUAUUUCUUCCAAUAGAUAUGCAUAAUGUUGUUAGGUCAGGUGGUAUGGUUUAAGGAGAGUAGAAAUAAGACUUACGACUUUUGUAAGUUCAGGGGCCAAUAUUACAAAUACUUCUUUUUAUCUUGAACAAUUUAUAACAAUCAUAGUUGAAAGUUGUGGUUUAGUUUAAAACAGACAUAUCCCAUCUUUAUGGCAACAGAUGUUUUUUCAAGAAAGAUCUUCAGUACCAAGAUUAGGAAAAUAGAAACU